AUGAUGAUGCGUUCAAAUAUGAUAACUUUGCAAAUUAGAGUUAAAGAAUUCAAUUAUUUAUUAUUUAUCUUUUCUAAGGCGGCCACGCAUACCAGCAAGGCUGACUUUAAUAUGAAAUGAGCUGACAAGAGAGAAGCUAUUAUUAGCUGACUGCACAAAGCCACAACUAUACAUAGAGUUCAUAUUCAGAGGUCAUUUUUCUUUGCUGCUUAAUUUCUGAAUCUUUCAUGAUCGAGAGAGAGAGAGAGAGAGAUGUUAAUAAGGUUAGCUAGCCAUGACUAAAUACUCCUCCCUUAGCUGGGAUCUAGAUGAUGUUAUUCUUAUUGUUGAUUUGGGUGUUUUUUCUUGUUGAGCUUCGUUUUUACGAGUUUAUUUUGCCUAUCAAGGUGAAACCUGCCCUGCUAUUGCCUCUUUAACAUUAUCUUCCGCCGACUGAAGUUAUCAGCAAGUGCAAGGGGGUGGCGAUGGAUACUAUUGUCUCAGUUGCUUCUCCAAUUGUUGAAAGCCAAUUUGGUUACCUAAUGUCCUACAAAGAGAACCUUCAAAGGCUUGAAAACAUGGCUCAAAGGCUGGAGGAUACUAAAGUAAGUAUGCAACACCGUGUUGAUGAGGCUGAAGGGAAUGAAGAAAAGAUUGAAGAUAUUGUACAGAACUGGCUGAAGGAAGCAAGUGACACUGUUGCUGAGGCAAAGAAACUUAUUGACACUGAAGGGCAUGCAGAAGCAGGAUGUUGUAUGGGACUAAUUCCCAAUGUGUGGACAAGAUGCCAGCUGAGCAAGGGAUUUAGAGAAAUGACACAAAAGAUUUCAGAAGUCAUAGGAAAUGGAAAAUUUGAUAGAAUUUCUUACCGUGUUCCUGCUGAAGUCACGCGUACGUCAUCUGAUAUAGGUUACGAAGCACUGGACUCCAGAACAUCAGUGCUGAAUGAGAUUAAGGAAGCAUUGAAGGAUCCUAAAAUGUACAUGAUUGGGGUGCAUGGGAUGGGUGGCGUGGGUAAAACUACACUUGUGAAUGAGUUAGAGUGGCAAGUAAAGAAAGAUGGCUCAUUUGGUGCUGUGGUUAUUGCCACUAUAACCUCUUCUCCAAAUGUGAAAGAAAUUCAAAACAAAAUUGCUGAUGCGUUGAAUAAAAAAUUGAAAAAAGAGACCGAGAAAGAAAGAGCAGGAGAAUUGUGCCAAAGAAUAAGAGAGAAGAAAAAUGUUCUAAUUAUUCUAGAUGACAUUUGGAGUGAACUUGAUUUGACAGAAGUGGGAAUUCCUUUUGGUGAUGAACACAGUGGCUACAAAUUAGUGAUGACUUCUAGAGAUCUUAAUGUGCUGAUAAAGAUGGGAACUCAAAUAGAAUUUGAUCUCAGAGCUUUACAGGAGGAGGAUAGUUGGAAUUUGUUCCAGAAAAUGGCAGGUGAUGUUGUCAAAGAAAUCAAUAUAAAACCAAUUGCAGAAAAUGUGGCCAAAUGUUGUGCUGGUUUACCCCUUUUGAUAGUUACUGUGGCUAAGGGUUUGAGAAAAAAGGAUGCCACUGCUUGGAAGGAUGCCCUAAUUCAACUAGAGAGUUUUGAUCAUAAAGAGUUGCAAAAUAAAGUCCAUCCUAGUCUGGAGUUGAGUUAUAAUUUUUUAGAGAACGAGGAACUGAAGUCACUAUUCUUAUUCAUUGGUUCAUUUGGCAUAAAUGAGAUCGACACAGAAGAGUUGUUUUCAUAUUGUUGGGGGUUGGGCUUUUACGGUCACCUGCGCACAUUGACAAAGGCAAGAAACAGGUAUUACAAGUUAAUAAAUGACCUUAGGGCCUCUUCAUUGUUGCUUGAAGACCCUGAAUGCAUUCGAAUGCAUGAUGUUGUGUGUGACGUGGCUAAAUCAAUUGCAUCUAGGUUUCUUCCGACUUAUGUGGUUCCAAGGUACAGAAUAAUAAAAGAUUGGCCCAAGGUAGAUCAACUUCAAAAGUGUCACUAUAUUAUCAUUCCUUGGUCUUAUAUUUAUGAACUUCCCGAGAAGUUGGAGUGUCCAGAGUUGAAGCUACUUGUACUUGAAAAUAGACAUGGUAAAUUGAAAGUCCCUGACAACUUUUUCUAUGGGAUAAGAGAAGUGAGGACUUUGAGUUUAUAUGGAAUGUCAUUCAACCCUUUCCUACCUCCUCUCUAUCACUUGAUAAACCUUCGCACAUUGAAUCUUUGUGGAUGUGAAUUAGGAGACAUAAGGAUGGUUGCAAAACUCACAAAUUUAGAAAUUCUCCAGUUGGGAAGUUCUAGUAUUGAAGAGCUCCCUAAAGAAAUAGGACAUCUAACUCAUCUCCGGUUGCUAAAUUUAGCAACAUGCUCUAAACUAAGAGUCAUUCCUGCAAAUCUUAUAUCAAGUUUGACGUGCUUAGAAGAAUUGUACAUGGGGAGUUGCCCUAUCGAAUGGGAGGUUGAAGGAAGAAAAAGUGAAAGCAACAAUGCAAGUUUAGGUGAGUUAUGGAAUUUGAAUCAGUUGACAACUUUAGAGAUAUCAAUCCAAGAUACUUCUGUUUUGCCAAAGGACUUGGAGUUCCUUGAAAAGCUCGAACGAUACUACAUAUCAGUUGGUUAUAUGUGGGUAAGGCUACGGUCGGGUGGUGAUCAUGAAACUUCAAGAAUACUUAAGCUCACAGACUCUUUGUGGACAAACAUAUCAUUGACUACAGUUGAGGACUUGUCCUUUGCUAAUUUAAAGGAUGUUAAGGAUGUGUAUCAAUUGAAUGAUGGUUUUCCACUACUAAAACAUCUGCAUAUCCAAGAAAGUGAUGAAUUGUUGCACAUCAUUAACUCAACAGAGAUGUCGACUCCCUAUUCUGCAUUUCCUAAUUUGGAGACUCUGGUUCUUUUCAAUCUAUCUAAUAUGAAAGAAAUAUGCUAUGGUCCAGUUCCAGCACAUUCUUUUGAAAAACUUCAAGUUAUUACGGUUGUAGAUUGUGAUGAGAUGAAGAAUCUACUUUUGUAUUCUCUCUUAAAGAACCUUUCUCAACUUCGUGAGAUGCAAAUUACUCGAUGCAAAAAUAUGAAAGAGAUCAUAGCAGUGGAAAAUCAAGAGGAUGAGAAAGAAGUUUCCGAGAUUGUUUUCUGUGAAUUGCAUUCUGUCAAAUUAAGACAAUUACCUAUGCUCCUGAGUUUCUGUUUGCCAUUAACAGUCGAGAAAGACAAUCAACCCAUUCCUCUGCAGGCACUGUUUAAUAAAAAGGUUGUGAUGCCUAAACUUGAAACAUUAGAGUUGCGUUACAUCAAUACAUGUAAAAUAUGGGAUGAUAUACUUCCAGUCUAUUCCUGCAUUCAAAACUUGACCAGCUUGUCAGUUUACAGCUGUCAUAGAUUAACAAGUUUGUUCUCAUCCUCUGUGACUAGAGCACUGGUCAGACUAGAAAGACUAGUGAUUGUUAAUUGCUCUAUGCUGAAGGACAUAUUUGUCCAAGAAGAAGAAGAGGUUGGACUUCCAAACUUGGAGGAGUUGGUUAUCAAGAGUAUGUGUGAUUUGAAGUCAAUAUGGCCUAAUCAACUGGCUCCAAAUUCCUUUUCCAAGCUGAAAAGAAUUAUCUUUGAGGACUGUGAAGGCUUUGAUUAUGUCUUUCCAAUCUCUGUGGCUAAGAAGCUUCGGCAGCUCCAAUCUCUUGAUAUGAAGCGCUGUGUCAUAAAGAAUAUUGUUGAAGAAAGUGAUAGUUCUGAUAUGACGAAUAUUUACCUUGCACGGUUAUCAGUAGAUGGCUGUGAUAAUAUGAAUACCAUAGUCCAGCCCUCCGUGCUAUUUCCGAAUUUAGAUGAAUUGGAUGUAGGUAGUUGUCAUGGAGUGGUAAAUAUUAUAACGCCAUCAAGGGCCGAAAGUUUACCAAAACUCCGCUUUUUAAGCAUAGGUUGUUGUGAUAAGCUAGAGGAAAUUUAUGGAAGCAAGAAUGAGAAUGAUGCACCAUUACGUGAAAUUUAUUUUAUGAAAUUGGAGGUAUUAUUAUUGAUGGUGUUACCGAGGCUCACAAGCUUUUGCCGGGGAAAUUACAACUUCUAUUUUCAAUCACUACGAAUGGUACAGUUGGAUGCCUGUUCCAUGAUGGAGACUUUCUGUCAUGGAAAAUUAACCACACCAAGGCUCAAGAAGGUGCUAUAUGAAUGGGGAUCAAAAGAACUUUGGGAUGACGACCUUAAUACUACCACUAGAACAAUUUUCACUAAAAGUUUCCACAAUACAGAACAAGAUUGGAAUUCAUCAUCAGAACUCUGGAGGAAUUAAAGGAAGAUUAGAAAAGCUUUUGACAUUUGCUUUAGUUGAAGCUAGCGGGAAAAUGAACAAAACGGAAGAACAAAAGAGGAUUAGGGGAUCACUUUUCAAUCCUCUAAUUUGGAGUCGUCAUUUAGUGUUUUUUCUCUCUUCCUCUUGCAAUUUUAUUGGUACAAUGAGGACUAUUAGGGUGGAAGCUCACAUCUCUUCAAGCAUUAUUGGACUUUUCUCUUUAUCCUUUAUCUUUUACUUUUCAAUGUCUAGCUAAAAUCCCUUUUUUCACUUUUUGAUUCUUUAUAUGAUAAUUUUAGUGGAAGUUAAUUUUCCUAUCUUUGUGCAUGUAUUUUCUUUCCUUUAUUCCCGAGAUUUGAUCACCUUUAUAGAGAUUAUUGAUCUAUUUCGUGAAUAAAAACUUUCUCUAUAAUUGUGCAGAGAUACAAACCUAGUGUCACGACC